AUUAACAUCAUUUUGGUAAAAAUUUCCUAAUCCCCUUCAUCUCAUAUUGUUGGUCGCCAUUUUCAUUAAUUCUCCAAGCGGCAUUUCCAGUAACCUCUGUUUGCACAAUCAUUCCCCUUUUCUCUCCCUUCCUUUCGGCAAAUUAGAGUAAACCGCCAGAAAAAUGGAUCCACUACUUCCGAUCGUACUUCUAUCUACAAUUCUUGGAGCCAUCAUCAUGUUUCUCGUUUUCGGCAAUUACUUCCGAAAGCAGAAAUCUGAAGUUGAAGCACUUGCUAAAGCUGAGCCUCUUGAUGGUGUGAACCCCAAGAAGUCAUCGAAACCUAAUCCUGCUUCGAAGAAGUCGCAAUUUAAGCACCGUACUCAUGCCGCUGAAAAGGAGCAAAAUAAGAAGCAUCAUCCGUUGGAUAUUAAUACAUUGAAAGGUCACGGUGAUUCAGUUGGUGGUUUGUGUUUCUCAUCAGACGGAAAAAAUUUAGCUACAGCUUGCAUGGAUGGUGUUGUCCGUGUUUUCAGGCUGGAAGAUAUUUCUAGUAAGAGCUUCAAGUUCUUGCGUAUUAAUAUGCCAGCUGGAAACCAACCAGUAGCUGUUGCAUUUUUAGAGGAUGAUUCAUCAGUUGUAGUGGCUAGCCAAGCUCUUUCAGGUGCCUCGCUUCAUAUGUAUGCAGAGGAGAAGGGAAAAUCUUCUGGUGGAGGUAAACAGCAAGACAAGCUUCCUCUUCCUGAAAUUAAAUGGGAACAUAACAAAGUCCAUGACAAGCAUGGAAUAUUGAACCUCUUUGGGACUACUGCAAGCUAUGGAAGUGCUGACGGGAGCGCUGUCAUAGCUUCCUGUUCAGAAGCCACUGAAAUUAAGCUUUGGCAUGGGAAAACCGGAAGGCUAUUAGGCACUGUUGAUACUAACCAACUGAAAAACCACAUGGCUGUCAUAUCUCCAAAUGGACGUUUUUUGGCUGCUGCAGCAUUUACAGCUGAUGUGAAGAUAUGGGAGAUCAUUUACUUGAAGGAUGGUUCUGUUAAGGAGAUAAAUAAGGCCAUGCAGCUCAAGGGACACAAGAGUGCAGUAACUUGUUUAUGCUUUACUCCAAACUCAGAUCAAGUGAUAACAGCAUCCAAGGAUGGCACCCUUAAAGUAUGGAAUAUCAAUGUUCGUUAUCACAUGGAUGAGGAUCCUAAGAUUUUGAGAGGAUUUCCAAUUCCUCUUCAAGAUUCAAAAGGUGCAAUUUUACAUUAUGAUCAUCUUAGUUUGUCUCCUGAUGGAAAGAUACUUGCUGCUACUCAUGGUUCCACUUUGCAAUGGCUGUGUAUCGAGACUGGAAAGAUUUUGGAUACGGCUGAAAAGGCUCAUGACGGUAAUAUUACAUGGAUUACAUGGGCACCCAAAACCCUUUCUGUUGUGAACUCAGAAUCCUUCAUCUUGGGAACGUCUGGAGUUGACAAGAAAGUUAAGUUAUGGCUGGCUCCUCCAAUUCAUUCAUGAUGAAGAACAAAGUCACGUUAUACAGUGCUAAUGGCUGGAAAAGCAUUUCGGUCGUGGCUUUCCUCAGAUCAUGCUGGAAGUUCUGCAAUUUUGUAGUCGCUUGUUGCGCUGCUUGUUCAUCAACGCUAACUUCUCUAUGUUGUGUAACUUCAUAUUCUCCCUUUAGCUAAAUUAUGAAAGAUCGAGUGAUAUGGACCAGAAUAUCAGAGAAUUAGCUUUUAUGGGUUAAUGAUAACUUUCAAAAUAGUUUCACAUACUAGAAAUUGGAAAUGUCUGAAAUUUACAGGGAUCUCACUCAAGAUUUAGGAUACUCUAAAGAGUAAAUUGAGUUUUGGUUAUGGACAUUGUGCUUCACUGUAUGGAACUUUUGAAUUAAACAAGUCUUUUAGUAGAAAAAUUAAAAUACAAGAUUAAGUUAGAAAUUAAUUUUUAAAAUAAGCAUUUUUUUUGUCAGAGCAUAUUGUUAGGGAUUUUUUGAUGCUACUAACAAGGAACAAGAUACAAGCUAAUCAAAAUAGUCAACAUCUUCUUUGCUCUUUACUAACAUCGAACAAAG